AUGGCGAAGUUCUGGUUCUGCCUUUUCACCAUUUCCCUUACCACCUUAACCUUCACAUUACAAUCCUUCCAUGUAAUGUCGAGUGAAGCGACGAUAAUCGAAGUCUGCAACAGAACACCGGACCCUAGUCUUUGCCAGACAUGUCUUCACAGCGAUCCGAAGAGCGCAACAGCCGACAUCAAGGGCUUGGGGAUGAUAUCGAUCGCGUGUGGUACGCGCGAUGCCAAUAAACUAUACACUGAUACGAAUAACGUGUACUCGAGCACGAAGGACCCUGCACUUCAUAACCUACUUGAUGAAUGCUGGUGGAGAUUUGUUGGGGCACGGGAUAAUAUCGAGUCGGCAGGCCGGUUUCUGACUGAUAAAGGGGCCGAUGCAGCGAAGCUCGCGAUCACUCGGGAUGCUAUGCCGAUGGUUUCGUAUUGCUCGGACCUCUUCAAGAAAAACCCGUCGGUGGCCGUGCCGAAGAAUAUCAUUGACGAGACGAAUGUUGUUAGUACUGAUUGCCAGAUUAUAUUGGGGAUUUUGAAUAAUAUUAGGCCGUGA